CCCUCCCUCUCCCCCUCCUUUCUCUGGACUCAUAUCUCCACAGCGCUACAUCCGCCAUGCUGGGGCACACCGACUUGUCACGCUGCUGCAUCAACUCUGCCGUCUUCUGAGUCGCACGGAGAGCAAACGAAAGUGGCUUUUUAAUCGCCGGAUCGCUCAGAGCCUUCCUGCUCUCCCUCCUCAGCUGUCUAGGACGUGGAACCCGUGGGAUUUAUUUUAAUGAAUCAAUAUUCGCCUCUCGACGCCAUGACGUACAACUGGAGGAUUUUUUAAUUCUCUCUGAAGGAAGGAUCCUGUCGUCUUGUUGAACAUCGUGGAAGAGUUACAGAGGUAACCUCACGCUACCCAAGAUCCCGGAGUCUAACAUGGCUCUCAGCGUGUUGGGAGUGUUCCUGGGAUUGCUUCUGGAAGUUUCUGCUCAUGGACCCUCCAGUGUUCCCCGGAGCUCAUGGAGACAUGAAGAUGUGAGCUUGGUGGAGUUUUCGGAGCCAGGAGUCUUUAACUACUCCACGCUGCUGCUGAGUGAGGAGAGGGAGGCGCUGUACGUCGGGGCCAGAGAGGCUAUCUUUGAGCUCAACAUCAAAGAUGUGUCCGUUAAGAAGAACCAGGUGUUUUGGAAAGUUCCAGAGAACCACAUAACCAUGUGCACCUUAAAGGGGAAGUCUAAGGAGACGGACUGUCUAAACUACAUUCGCGUUGUUCAAAUGUUGGAUGAAGACACCCUGUAUGUGUGUGGGACGCACGCCUUUCAGCCAUUCUGCGAUUACCUGUCUUUAAAAGACUUCAGUCUGAUGGAAAAGCAGGAGGAUGGCAGAGGGAAGUGUUCGUAUGACCCAGCGCAGAGUUUCACCACAGUGAUGGUUGACGGGGAGCUGUACUCGGGGACGGCGUAUAACUUCCUGGGCAGUGAGCCGAUCAUCUCCAGAUACUCUCUCUCCCAGAGCCUCCUGCGCACUGAGUACUCCACGUCCUGGCUCAACGAGCCCAGUUUUGUGUUUGCUGACGUGAUCCGGGAAGGGAAGAACAGCGCAGAUGGAGACGACGACAAGAUCUAUUACUUCUUCACUGAGGUUUCUGUGGAAUACGAGUUCUUUGGCAAACUGCUGAUCCCCCGCAUCGCCCGCGUCUGCAAGGGGGAUUUAGGAGGCCAAAGGACUCUGCAGAAGAAGUGGACAUCCUUCCUGAAGGCCAAGCUGGUGUGCUCCAUGCCUGAGCUCAAUUUCGUCUUCAACGUGGUUCAUGAUGUGUUCAUUCUGAAGACCCCAGACUGGAGAGAAACGGUCAUAUACGGAGUCUUCACCUCACAGUGGGGUAAUGUGGGUCUGUCUGCUGUGUGUGCGUAUAACAUGACAUCGGUGGACGAAGUGUUCUCGAAGGGGAAGUACAUGCAGAAAGCUACAGUGGAGCAGUCACACACUAAGUGGGUCAGAUACAACGGUAUCACGCCCACGCCUCGACCCGGAGCGUGCAUCAACAAUCACAACCGCAGGCAGAACAUUAACAGCUCUCUGCUGCUGCCUGAUAAAACGCUGCAGUUUGUGAAGGACCACCCGCUGUUGGCUGACCCCGUGCUGCCCAUCGGCAACGGACCCCGGCUCAUCGCCAAAGAUGUCAAUUACACCCAGAUCGCCGUGGAGAGAGUCCCCGCCCUCGACAACAAUGUGUAUGACGUCAUAUUUACUGGCACUGAUAAAGGGGUCCUACAUAAAUCGGUGGUCUAUGAAGGAGGUGUGCACACUGUGGAAGAGAUCCAGCUCCUGAAGAUCCAGGAACCGAUUAAAACUCUACUGCUGUCCACACAAGGGGCCAGAAGCCUGUAUGCCGGUUCUGACUCUGGCGUGGUCCAGUCCCCCACUGCGUUCUGUGACAAAUACCUCACUUGCGAAGACUGCAUUCUGGCUCGGGACCCUUACUGUGCCUGGAGCACUCACGCCGCUUCCUGUGUCAAUAUUUUCCAUAAGCGGGAUAAUGCACAGCACCGGAAGUUACUUCAGAACCUGCGAGGAGAUGCUGGCGCGUGUCCGUCAGUGAGGCCACGCAUGGCGGAGAGCUACCAGCGUGUGGUGGUGAAGCGGGGCAGUUCGGCGGAGCUCCCCUGCAGGGUGCGCUCUAACCUGGCCCAGGUGCUGUGGAAGGUGAACGGCAGCGUUCUCACCGAAGCCGCUCGCUUCCUGCUGAUGGGGGACACGGGUCUGCUCAUCUACAGCGUGGCUCCAGAGGACCAGGGCCGCUACGAGUGCUGGUCAGUAGAGGCAGCAGCCGGCAAGAACUUCACCCGCCUGGUUGCUGGAUAUGAGCUACAGCUGGACCUCCCGAAAAGCGAGUCGUCAUCGUCAUCGUCUGGACGCUUUCUGUCUUCAGCUGAUAUCGUUGAGGAGUUGUACCCGGACACCUCCACGGUGCGCUCCACCACCGCAGCGGCCAAAGGUGACAAAGGUAAUAACGGUAACGAUAACGGCGCAGGAACCCCUCUACUAACGUCCACGGAGGCAUCCCCACUAACCCCCCCAACCAUCAGCACCACCACUCCCAGCAUCAUCAACAGUGCAAAACCCCAGCCUAAACUCUCCACCCCCUCUGAAGGCAGCGGCGCGCACCCCCGGCCCGAAACCCUGGACCCCUCAGCCAAGUACCUCCAGUACGACAACAGUGGCGCCCUGCUUUUCCUCUUCCUCCUCUUCUUCCUCCUCUUCCUGUGCGCGCUGUCGUAUAACUGCUACAUGCAGUACCUGCCGGCGCCCUGCCUGCGCCUCCGCACCGCCCUGCUCGGCUCGCCCAAAAAGCCGCAGCCCGAAUACAUCGCCUGCGAGGCAGGUCUGAUGGAACCCGUCCCGGAGAAACCGGACCUGACUGAGCCGCUACAGCAGAACGGAGCACAGCAGCAGCUCCGGGCGCUCCGAGACACCGGCUACGAAACAGAACCGGAGUGCGGAAACGGAAAAAUUCUGUCGCACAGCUACGAGGAGGCCGACGACAGCCCUUCCAAACAGAGGCCGUUCGAUAUUGACUGCGAAUCGCAGCCGAUCGAGUACGCAGAUGCGGAUGCGCCUUAAUGAGAAGGUGGAAAACGGAGAAAACGGACACGAAUGCGUCUCGUAACCGGAUGAAUUCUUGUCUAGAUGGCUUCUGUACUGAAACCACUCAAGUCUUCGGAGCGAUUGGUCUCGCUUUUUGACUUGCUGGUGUUCGACGACCCGACCGCGCGUAAAAUAUUCGUUUCUGGGGGGAGGAAGUGGCUGAUUUGCGUAGUUCAGCAAGCAUAUGAUUCCAAAUUGGAAACAUGGUUUACCAAAUUGGUAAGUUAGCUUGAUGUUUUCCAAAUUGGAGUUAAAUAUUUUGUAUCGGGGGGAGUGGGGAUCGUUUUUUUCUUCUUUUUUCUAUUCCCCACAUUCUGCCCUGAAGCUUGUAUGACAGUCAGUUUGUCCUCCAACCUUGUUGUACUACUCUCAGGGACGUGAAUCGCACAUCGUACUUCGCCAAAUCUUUUUUUAAAUCAGCACAUUCAGUAUCGGAGUGCUCAGUGCAUCUCAAACGACACUGCUGGCAGAAACACAAGGGCCGGGGUGGGCAUGGACACUGCUGCCAAAUGCUGGGGUGAGCAAAGCAAUGGGGAAUGGAAAGGAAUAUAGUGAAGGCGGAAGAUGCCCGAUUCCGCUGAAACGGAGAUGAAGAUAGCGGUCAGUACUGGACUGACCGAGUCGUAUUAAUAAAUAAACAUAAAGGCGAUGUAGAGGCAGAGAAAAUUCCACCGGGACGUUUGGACGAUGUACUAAAGACAAAACCAGAUUUACGUUGUAUUUUCGACACUGUGAGUGCCUCUCAUUCCUUUUACUCUGUGAAAACUGCAGUUCUAGUGACUCUCGCUGUUGGUUCUCUUCACCCUGUGGUCUUGUUCACUUGUGUACGCGAGAGAUGACCUCUCUGAGAGAAGUAAAUGAAAGUUCCUACGACAUGGUGGCCACAUGCAUUUAUUUUUUAUUUUCAUUUUUAAUGAAUUUUUAAAGAAGCUUUAUGUUUUAGUGUUUAAAAAAUGAUCUUUAUUUAAGUGUAAAAAUAGCUGCGCUAGGAUGUUUUCAGUUUUAAUGGUAGCCUCUCUUUAGACCGUGUGCAUUCUCGUCCUGCGGUCUCUGAAAAAGACCCCGCCUCUGACCCCUCCCCCCACUCCUCCCACCUGUAUGUGUGCCAUUUCUGAAUUUCUUACUCUUUCAUGAUCCUUAGUGCACUCUGUUCUCUCUCUCUCUCUCUCUUUCCCGGUCCUUCCCUGCCUCCAUCCCUCCUGCGCACUCCUCCCUGUUUCCUUGCACAGUUUGCUCCUCUGUCCGCUCUGGAGGAGGCCCCUCAGUCUCUCGCUCCUCCUCCUCCUCCUCCUCCUCUCCCUCCUCCUCCUCCUCAGUGUGGGGGGGUGUUGAUGGUGGGGGGGCCAGGCUACUCCCCCCGCUGCUCCCUCAGCAGUCCUGGGGCGUCCACUCCCACCAGGCCUUCCUGCUCUACUGCCUGGCCCUG